AAGCAUGAAAAGUUUUGGACUCAACGGCUCCUCGUCGCCGUCUUGGUCAUUUGAGGAUUGAUAGGAGUCAUAUUCGGUUCUUCUCUCAUAUAUACAACUAUCUGAUCCGUCCUCUGGAGAGUCACAAUUGAUAUAUCACUGAUCUGCUGCAUCUGAACUUCCCGGUUUUCUUCACUCACAUAUCUUUUUUUUCAUCUUCACUGAGGAAAUUUGUUGCACUCUAUCCUAGAACUUUCAGCAUCUACCUACUCAACAUAAUCAACACUACACAACAACACAACACCGCAAUCAUGGGCUACACUCGCGAAGAACUGCCCGUUCAUACGAAGAGCAACUCGCUCUUCAAUCAUCUGGAGACCAUGCCUGGCGAUCCCAUUUUUGGAUUGAUGUCGCAAUACGCAAAGGAUCCUGCAGAGUUCAAGGCUUCUCUUACCAUUGGUGUCUACAGAGAUGAGGAUGGCAAGCCUUGGGUUUUGCCUACGGUUAAGAAGGUUGAGAAGAUGAUCGCAGAAGAUGUGGCCACAAACCACGAAUAUCUUCCCAUGGAAGGUCUCGGUGCUUUCGUAGAGUCAGCACGCGACCUCCUCUUCGGAAACCCCUCUCCUGAUCUCACUUCCCGUAUCGGUUCCCUCCAAACCAUCUCCGGAACCGGUGCCGUACACUUGGGCGCCCGCUUCUUGAACGACAGCCUUCAACCCAAACGCAUCUGGGUAUCCGACCCGACAUGGGGAAACCACCACGCCAUCUUCGACAUCGCCGCCCCCGAUGUCGAACAGAAGAUGUACCCCUACUACGACGCCGCAACCUGCAGCUUGAACUUCUCGGGCAUGAUGUCCACACUCGAAGAACAAGCCCAACCCGGAGACCUUAUCCUGCUCCACGCAUGCGCCCACAACCCCACCGGAAUCGACCCCACCAAAGACCAGUGGAAGCAAAUCGCCGACCUGUGCGAGCGCAAACACCUCUUCCCCUUCUUCGACUCGGCAUACCAAGGCUUCGCCUCCGGCGACGUCGACGAAGAUGCCUGGGCCGUCCGCCACUUCGUCUCCCGCAACACCCUCGAACUCGUCGUCGCUCAAUCCUUUUCCAAAAACUUCGGUCUGUACGGUCAACGUGUCGGUGCUUUCCAUAUCGUUACUUCUUCCCAGGAAGCAAGGGAUAAAGCACUCUCCCACCUCAUCUACCUCCAACGCGCCGAAAUCUCCAACCCACCCGUCUACGGCGCCAGAAUCGUAGCUUUCAUCCUCCAAAACGCCUCCCUCAGACGAGAAUGGGAGCAAGAUUUACUCAUCAUGUCCGGCCGCAUAAAAACCAUGAGGGCUGCUCUUUUCGGUGAAUUGCAAAACCUAAACACACCGGGUAAUUGGCAACAUAUCGUCGAUCAGAAUGGAAUGUUUUCGUACACGGGACUUUCGGAAAAACAGGUGCUGGCGUUGAGGAAGGAACAUAUCUACCUCCUUACUUCUGGUCGUGCUUCCAUCUCUGGCCUCAACGGUGAGAAUGUUGCUCUGGUGGCAAAGGCUAUUGAUAAAGUUGUCAGGGAGACUGGUGAUGCGCCUGCUUCUGCUGUUUAGAGAAAGGUGGUUUCUGGAGCGGCGGUACGUGGUUGGGACAGCAAUGAUGAUGAUUGGAAAUUUUGUGCAUGUAUAUAUAAAACUUUUGCGCUUUUCUUGGUCGUUUUUCGUUUUUAGACGGGAUGGAAAUUAUAGACAAGGACUUCUUUUCUCUUUUCACUUGCGAUAAUGAAUUGGACGAGAAGAUUGUUGCACACGCGAUCUGGGCAUGUGUUGAAUAUUUUUAAUACUCCUGGUUCAGGACAGUGGGUGGGUUGUGCGGGAAUUGGGUGAGUUGUGCAUCAGGGAAGUGGUUGAGUUGUGUAAUAAGGAGGAGUCUGAGUAGAAUUUCGGACACAACAUGCAUUCAUACGUUUUAUACCGAUUCAUCACAAUUCAGAUAUCAGAAAAGAAGAAGAAGAAGAAGAAGAAGAAGAAAAAGAAGGAGGAGAUCUCGUCAUCAAACUUAUCAUACAGA